AUGAUCGGCCAGAAGAGCCUCUUCGCCUUCUUCUCCCCAAGCCCCUCUGCAAAGCGCCGCGCAAGCAGCCCCGAGCCCGCCGGCCGGUGCACAGGCGGCGCGGCAGCCGAGAAUGGAGCUGAAGCGGACCGCCCGGCUAAGAAGGCCCGCAGCGGAGCCCAGGAGGAGCCCGAGCCCGGCAGGCCUGCCGCGACGCCCCUGAGCCCCGAGCAGCUGGUCCGCAUCGAGAGGAACAAGGCGGCCGCCCUGCUCAGGCUCGCGGCCCGCAACGUGCCGCCGGGACUGGGCGAGAGCUGGAAGCAGCAGCUGCGCGGGGAGUUCGGGAAACCUUACUUCAUCAAGCUCAUGGGAUUUGUGGCAGAAGAAAGAAAACAUUACACGGUUUACCCACCCCCCGACCAAGUCUUCACAUGGACCCAGAUGUGUGACAUAAGAGAUGUGAAAGUGGUUGUCCUGGGACAGGAUCCGUACCACGGACCCAACCAAGCGCAUGGGCUGUGCUUUAGCGUCCAGAGACCUGUUCCUCCACCACCCAGCUUGGAGAACAUUUAUAAGGAGCUGUCGACAGACAUAGAUGGUUUCGUUCACCCUGGCCAUGGGGACCUAUCCGGGUGGGCUAGACAAGGUGUCCUCCUCCUCAAUGCCGUCCUCACGGUGCGCGCGCAUCAAGCCAACUCCCAUAAGGAGCGAGGGUGGGAGCAGUUCACCGACGCGGUGGUGUCCUGGCUGAACAACAACUCCCGAGGUCUCGUCUUCUUGCUCUGGGGAUCCUACGCCCAGAAGAAGGGCAGUGCCAUCGACAGGAAGCGGCACCACGUGCUACAGACGGCCCACCCCUCCCCGCUGUCCGUGUACCGGGGCUUCUUUGGGUGUAGACAUUUCUCUAAAGCCAAUGAGCUGCUGCAGAAGUCUGGCAAGGAGCCUGUCGACUGGAAGGCACUGUGAGCCCGAGCAGAAGCCUGGGUCAUCGGCAGUUUUCUCGAAGCUGCCUUUCAAGCGUUCGUGUCUCUUAGGAAGCUGAGUCAAAGGAAGUGGGGGAAAUGGUUUCUCUGGAGUCAGAUGGGGAAGAAGUUUCUGGAAAGCAGCCUUGAACCCAGCUGGGCAAGUUGGUUGACAUUUGCCAGCCAGAGACAGACAAGACUGUUAACUGCACCCAUGUCCCAUGUCCCGUGUGUGCCAUUGUGUAUCCACGCACUCUUCUGGGAGCUGGAGCUGAGACUGGGCAGGGUGUGUCUGUCCAGAAGGGCCUGGUGCCCACCCGAUUGGCCACCUCUAGGGUCUUCACUGAGCACUGAGCCCUUCCAUGGAGGGACCGUACAACCUCAUGCCAAUUUCCAGAAGUCCUGGAUGAG